AUGUCGCAUGGCAGCACGUCCGAAAGUAGCUCGUCAACCGCACGGUCCAGCCGGCAGGACAAGGAGGAUGCUGUGGAAGGGGAGUCGCUGCACCGCCAGCGCAAACGUAACGUUAACGAAGUCCUCCAGGGGUCCGCGCGCCAAGAAGGUGAACCCGAAGCACCGCUAGCUGCAUCUUCGGAUGACGAUCCCAAUGAGGCCCUCCCGAGGCUCAACCCCGUGCGGAGCGAUGACGAAGAUGCUGCGGAAGCUGAGGACGAAGAAGAAGCAGGCGCGGAUGAGGAGGACGCUAGCGCGGAACGUGGGCCGGAUGAAACUCCGUUGACGCGGGAGGAGAUGACCAGCUUGCGCGAGCUGCAGGAAGCUACCGCACGUGCAAUUGCCAGGCUGGAAUCUGUGUUUCUUGCAAAGCCUGCGGGUGAUGGCGAACAGAAGAGAAAGAGGCGUCGGAAGCGCGCAUCCGGCAAGGGAAAGCGACGCAAGGCGUGUCGUACACGGUCCACAUCGGAGACGGCGUCCGAGGAUGAGGAAGAGGCCGAUGAAGGACUGGAGGAGGGUCACAUUCGAUCGUCCUCAUCAGCGAUUCUGCAAGAGGCACUCAGUCUCCUGCCUACCGAUAAGGGAUGGAAGGUGACAGAUGCAAUCCGGAACUGGGAGGCGCGCAAGGGCCGCCUAUCAAACCCUGCAGGAUGUAACGCGCACAUCGUGGACGGCCUCCACGUCCUUGUGAAGAGUGCUGUUACCCGGGCCAUCGCUGAGUUCAGGCCCGGGUACGAUGCGGCGUCUCAGACGUGGGCCUGGGGCCGCCAUGGUCUCCGCAUCUUUGCGGACGACAUCGCUGGCGGGAGGACCGCGAUCGCCCAAGCAAGCGCCAGCCGCAUGACUCCGCAGACAUAA